AUGCACCCAUUCAUGGCAGCCACACCGGAGGAAGUCUUGGGCUUUGUCAGGCCAACAUCACCGCCCCCCUCCAUCUUCCUCGACCUCCCCCCGACACCCCAUCAGCAGCCUGCACAGAAUUUACAUAUGGCCUUAGACAGCAUCUCCCGCAUGCUCAUGGAGGAAGACAUUGUUGAGAAAAUCAUGUAUCAGUACCCCGAGAACCCGAUUCUCCUGCAAGCCCAGCAGCCGUUCGCUCAAAUCCUCUCAGGUGCGCCUGACAUAACAUCACCAAAUGGCCAGGAGUCCUUGGCACCCAUCAUGCUUUCUUCUGCAUUGCUGCCCAGCCAACCCAGCACCAUGAACCUCCAGGACAGGGAUUUAGACACCUCCUCUUUGAAUGGCAUGGACAGCAUCUCGUCCCCCGUUGAAGGCCACACCGGCAUGCAGAUGCUAUCAGCCAUGGCAUUCUUGAAACGCAUGGAAGAAGCCAGAUUCUUAUUGUCUGGUGCAGAUAGUGAGAUGUUGGCUUGUAAGAAGAGGUUUCAUGAAGAAGAUGGUGAUGCAAGGGAUAGCGUGGGAAGGAUAAGGAAGCAAAUCAUGAUUCCAGUACAGGAUGAAUCAGAUGAAGAAGCCACCGCCCGCAACUUGUUGGACCAGCUCAUGCUCGAGGACCACGGCUUGUGCUCCAGUGCAAUGCAGAAGCUCCGUGUCAUGACCGGUGAGGUUAUAAAGCAACAGAACAUAUGCGUGCAGGUGCCACGCAUGAAGAGUGGCAUGAAACAGAUGUUUGUGGUUGACCUAGAAACACUGUUGCUCCAUUGCGCAGAGGCGGUGGCCACCAACGAUCGCCACAACGCAGGCAAGUUUUUAGAGAAAAUCAAAAGGCACUCGUCACCGAUGGGGGCCACCACAGAGCGCUUGGCUCAUUACUUUGCCGAGGGGCUUGAGGCCCGUCUGGCUGGCAAAGGGAGCCAGCUCUACCACAGCUUACUCAUGAUGAAGCACUCCACCAUCUUGGAACUUGUCAAGGCCUAUAAGCUUUAUGUGGAUGUCAGCUGCUCCACCAAGGUGGCGUUCCUCUUCUGCAACAAGACCAUUUAUAACGUUGCUGCAGGAAAGAACAAGCUGCACAUUGUACACUACGGCAUCGGGGAUGGUCUGCAAUGGACGGAGUUACUCCAGUGGUUCGCAGAAAGGGAGGAAGGGCCUCCGGAGGUGAGGAUUACUGGCAUUAACAGCUGGUCACAACCUGCAGCAUUCCAUCCUGCCAAGCGGACUGAGGAGGCAGGUCGCAGGCUAAUCCUUUGUGCAAGCAAGCUUGGUGUGCCAUUCAAGUUCCGCGCCAUCACCGCAAAAUUUGAGACUGUCUGUACUGAGGACCUCGACAUAAAUCCUGACGAGGUACUCAUCGUGAACAGCAUAUUUCAAUUUAGGAACCUAAUGGACGAGACCCUCACUGCUGAUAGGAUAAACCCAAAAGAUCAGGUCCUCAACACUAUCAGGAAGAUGAAGCCAGCCGUCUUCAUCCAUGCCGUAGUCAAUGCAUCAUACUGUGCUGCCUCCUUUGUAACACGUUUCCGCCAUGCACUAUAUAACUUUACGGCAGCGUUUGAUUUGAUGGAGACCACUGUCCCACGGGACAAUGACUUGAGGUUGGUGGUGGAGCGUGACAUCUUCGCACGGUCCGCCAUGAACAUCAUCGCCUGCGAGGGUGCAGAUCGGGUGGAGCGUACUCAACACUACAAGGAAUGGCAUGUACGGAAUCAGCGAGCAGGGCUGAGGCAGCUUCCACUGGAUCCUGAAAUAGUUCGUGUUCUAAAAGCACAAGUGAAGAAGCGCCGCCAGAAGAAUUUCAUGAUCAACGAGGAUCACCACUGGCUUCUGCAGGGAUGGAAAGGCCGUGUGCUCACUGCCCUUUCGAUAUGGGCAGCUAAUGAUGUUAGCAGCUCUCACUCAAUAGAAUCUUAA